AUCAGAGACACCAGCGGAAUGACGGGAUGCACGCGCAGCUGACGGACACAGCACACAUAUGACCACUGACUGACAGACUGGACGCAGUGGAGGUACCUGAACCCACGUGUGCAUUAUGAAGGAGAACAGGUCCUUGUGUCAGGUGGAGCAGCUGUCCUGUGCAUGUCUGCUAGACUGCCACCGGCAGACCCACACCCGCAGCGCCGCAGGGGCCCCCAUCCGACACAGAGCAAACGGGGCGGUGGGCGCCUUGUGCAACAGUCCUAACUGCGUGGUGGCCGCCAGGCUGGAGGGCUCAGAGCCGAGACGACACGGGGCCGGCAGGGUGCUGGUCACCGGAGGAGCCGGAUACUUCGGAUUCAGGCUGGGCCGCGCUCUGGCGGGACAAGGGGCCACCGUCUUACUUCUGGAUCUCCACAAGCCGCCCUGGGAUAUCCCUGAUGGAGCUGUCUUCCAGCAGAUUGAUAUUCGGGAUUAUGAUGCCUUGUAUAAGAUCUGUGCGGGAGUGGAUGUUAUUUAUCACACUGCUUCUUAUGGGAUGUCUGGACCUGAACAGCUGAGGAGAAAGCAAAUUGAAUCAGUCAAUGUUGGCGGCACGAACAAUGUCAUUAACGUCUGUACGGAGCGGGGCAUCUCUAGACUCAUCUACACCAGCACAGUCAAUGUGGCGUUUGCUGGCCGGCCCAUCGAGGAUGGAGAUGAAGACUCAGUUCCCUGUGUGCCGUUGGACAUGCACAUAGACCAUUACUCCAGGACUAAAGCCAUCGCUGAACGCAUGGUGCUCUCUGCCAAUGGAAGAUCAACAAAAGGUGGUGGUCUUCUUCACACAUGUGUCCUGCGCCCCUCUGGUAUAUACGGUCCUGAAGAGAGAAGACAUUUACACAGGGUGAUGGUGAAUGUGGAAAGGAGGUUGUUCAGCUUUCGUUUUGGGGACCCUAAUGCCAAGAUGAACUGGAUACAUGUGGAUAAUCUGGUGAUGGCUCAUGUUUUAGCAGCAGAAGCACUCACUGCAGAUAAAGCCUUCGUGGCGAGUGGACAGGUUUAUUUUAUCAAUGAUGGGGAGUCUGUCAAUGUCUUUGAAUGGUUGACACCUCUGUUUGAAAGACUGGGUUAUGGUCGGCCACUGAUUCACCUUCCCGUGUCUCUGGUCUAUUCAGCAGCAAUUCUGAUGGAGCGACUGCAUGUGGCUCUGAGUCCUAUAAUGGAAAUUCCAUUACUUCUGACAAGAAACGAGGUGAGAAACAUUGCUGUCAGUCACACCUUUAAAAUCGAGAAGGCGCAGCGAGAACUGGGCUUCAGUCCUAAAAAGUACAGCCUGACCGACUCGGUGGAUCAGUACCUGCGGAGCCGACCGCCGCGUUCAGCUGCAUCAUUUCCGAACACAUGGUACCUCUUCCUGCUUCUCCUGAUGGGAUUCAUUGCCCUUGUGAUCUGCUCUGCAGGAUGGGAAUAAUAAGCCUUAAAGGAACCCUGGGUAUAAAGGCUUGUAUAGCCUAAUACAUAUUUUGGACUAAUAACAAUUAUUUAGAUAACGUUAAAAUGGUUGCACUGUGAGUUACUGGCACUACCUGUUGCUAUGUUUAUUGCAACCCAACUUGGAAUAAGCAAUUCGGAAAAUAAAAUACUGAUACGAUGCCAUAUACAAGGCUUUGGUUGUAAUUUUUAGUGGAAGGGCAACAAGAAAAAAAAAUGUAAGUCUUCACUGCUUUCCUAGCAAUAAGUAAAGGAGAAAAGAAAGGGAAGAUGCCUGUGGACAAAUAAAACUAAGCUCUUUCAGCAGCUGUCAUUGUAUCAGUAUUUUAUAUUCCAAGUUGUGUUGCAGUAAAAAUAGCAACAGAUAGUGCCAGUAGCAACCUUCAACGAAAUAAUGGCGCCCCCAUAGUCCAAAUUAUGUACAAAAUGCAGUGGAUCUGUUAAAUAACGUAAAUCUUUCAUGGGGUUUCUACUACAUAUUUUAG